AUGAUAUCAUAUGAACUCGUAAACAAAUCAGGUAUUAGUGCGAAUGUGAAAGUAUUUCAAUCCGGAAACCAAUACCUUUUUGAUUAUCCUUGUGAUUCAACAUCUGACUGCACAGACUAUGCUGUUAAUCUUACAAAAGGAACAUACAAAUUUGAGUUAUUUGGUGCCAGUGGUGGUAGCUCCAAAGAUAAAGUCUCUUCGUUCAGAUUUUCGAAUACCUCUUGCAUUUCACCUCUUUUAGUUCGGAUGUAUGGCGGCAAUGUUGAUUGUUAUCCAGGUAAUAGUAUUGGCGGUGCAGGCGGCUAUCUUUCUGCACAAAUCUCUCUUCGAUCUCCAGUCAAAGCUUACUUCACUCUUGGUGGUCGUGGCAUUUUCGGGCAUAAAUUAGAAUCUGAACUAAAUACAGCUUGUUUUGAAAAGAUUAAUAUGCAACCAGGUGGAUACGGAGGUGGAGGUAGCUCUUCUAAUUAUCCAAGAGGAACAGGGAGCGGAGGCGGCCAAACCGCUGUCAAAUUUAUUGAAAAUGAUCUUUGGCAUCGCGUCCUAGUUAGCGGCGCUGGGGGUGGUUGUGAUGAUAAUACAGAUGAUGACAGCAGUGGUGGUUCUGGUGGAAAUCUUACAGCACAAAGUUGGUUCCUUUUUGGUAAAUUAACUAAAUCAUAUUUUGCUAAUUCUACAUUCGGUUUUUCAUUUGGCCAAGGUGAAGCAGCUCGAUAUGAUGAUGCUAACAACUCAAUAUCUGUAAAAACAAGUAGCCACAGCGAUAUAGCUGGUGCUGGAGGUGGGUGGUUUGGAGGUUUUUCUGGCCAAUUUGGAGGAGGAGGUGCAGGAGGAGGGUCAUCUUGGGCAUUAACAAAAAAUGCAGUUAUUCCAAAAGGAAAUAUUGAUUCAUUUAAUGAAUUUUAUGACAAGUUAGAUUCUAAACCAUAUGCGUUUGAUCUUAAUUCAGAAUACAUUUUUGAUCAUGUUAUUCAUGUUCCCGGCAUCUGGGAAGGAAACGGCAAAAUCAUCCUCACAAUCUUUUCUAAUAACAUCAUUCAAUCUUGUUUGUGCAAAUUUAACAUUAUCAACGCAUUAACACUUUAUUUCCAAAUAUUUGUCAAUUAG